GUGAAUCGUCCGCCCCGGUGACCGCAGCUGCAACCUGGAGCGUUCUCACUGCCGUCUUGGAUCUCACAUCCGUAUAGGGUUGUAUUUAUAGGGAAGGUCUGCCAAGCGGACAUCUAACGGUCCACGAUGUUGUUUCUGAGCUCGAGGCGCCGUUCACGGGGGACACCAUUCUCCAGAUUAGGACGGGGAAGGUGAAGUCUGUGUUCGGGCUCGGAAUACAGUCCGCCAUCUACAAGACGGAGCGGAAGGAGGGCGUGAAAGUCGAAAAGCUCGGCUUCGAAGGCGACGAACAUGCCUUUCACGCGCACGGCGGGCCAGAAAAGGCCCUGAUGCAGUACUGCAGCCGGCAUUACGACACGUGGAAGCGGGAGCUUCCCCAGUCGGAGCACCUGUUCACGCUGGGCGGGUUCGGCGAGAACAUCGUCGCGCCGUCCGCCAACGAGCGCAACAUCUGCAUUGGCGACAUUAUCGCGUUUGGGGACGAGGUGCUGGCGCAAGUUACCUUACCGCGCGCUCCCUGCGCGAAGCUGAACCACCGCUUCGAAGUGAAGGACAUGUCGCGAAGGUCGCAAAGCUUGGCCCGCACAGGCUGGUACUACCGAAUCCUAGGGGAAGGGAUCAUUCGGGCGGGUGACACACGAUCAGGCUUGUCGAGAGGCCAAACCCGGGCUGGACAGUGGCCCGCGUCCAGCACUACCUCUACUUGGACAAGUCCAACGUCCAGGCCAUGCAGGAAAUCGUUGCACUGGAGGGCCUUGGCAAGGAGGUGUUCAAUAUCUUUCAGAAGCGUCUGGAGAAGAACGAGGUCGAGGACCAGGAAGCGCGGCUGACGGGUGGAAGCGCCGCACUCGCUAUGAAGAAGUGGGCAGACUACAGGAUUGCGAGCCGCCGCAUGGAGACACCUCGGAUCGUGGGGUUGACAUUCCAAGCCGUCGAGCCGGAGCAAGCCCCUGCACCAGUUGAGCCUGGCUCUCAUGUCCGCCUAAAGCUUGGGGGGAAGCUCGUGCGAGCAUACUCGGUGGUCGGCGGCGACAGUAACUGCUUCGAGCUGGGCGUCGCACUGGACGCAUACAGCCGCGGUGGCUCCAAGUACCUGCACGAAGUGGCCAAAGAAGGCGACGUGCUGCAGGUCGGCAGGAUCACCGCCUCGUUCCCACUGUCGAAGGAGGCCGAUCACCACGUGAUUUUUGCCGGUGGGAUCGGCAUCACCGCUUUCGUGGAGGCGGCCCACGCGCUGCAGAAGUCCGGCGAGAGCUUCGAGGUGCACUUUGCCGUGCGCUCGGCCGAGGACGUCCCGUUCCACCGCUACCUUGACUGCGUCGAGAAUCUCACCAUCUACAGCAAGGCUGCGGGCCAGCGGAUGGACGUGCGGAGCAUACUGAGUCGGACGAAGGCGAACACGCACGUGUACUGCUGCGGUCCGCAGCGACUCAUGGACGGCGUCGCGGAGGCCGCAAAGGCGUGCGACAUCGACGCGGCCAACGUGCACUUCGAGACGUUCGAAGUCACGGCCGGCGGGCGGCCUUUCACGGCCGAGCUCUCGCUCAGCAAGCGCACCGUCGAGGUCGACUCCGAGCACAGCUUGCUGGAGGCGCUUAGAAGCGCAGGGUUCGAUAUCGACAGCUCGUGCGAGGUGGGCAACUGCGGCACCUGCAAGGUCACGUAUUGUGCCGGAAGCGUGCAGCACCGAGGCACGGCGCUGGUGGAGCAAGAAAAGGAAAAAGAGAUGCUGACGUGCGUCAGUAGGGGAAUAGAAAGGACUGUGCUGGAGCUGUAGAGAUCGCUGCGCGUUUCGCCCGUCCUAUUUCCUCCACCGAAGCUGAAUCUUUUCUCUCAAACGACGGAGGUUCAUUCACACCUUAGAAGAUAGUUAAGCUGCUGUACUUUGCUCUUCGGACAAGGCCCUGUGCCCACACGGCCAGACGUAGAGCCACGCGUGCGUUCACCAAGAAGAGCAGGUGGACCUUUUUUUUUUUUUUUUUUUUU